UAGAGUUGUUUAUAGUUGAAAGCAUUGAGGUUCUCUCUCCCCACCUGUCUGAUUUUAGCAGCUGAAGGGAUUAAUACAGCUGCUAGAAAAGAAAAAGGAGGGGGCCUCUAAGCUAGUGAACAAGCUAUAUGAAAUCCUUGAAGUACAAGGGACUUAAUGGAAGGAAAAAUAAAGGACUGGUCUCUAAAGAUCCAGUGCUAACCAAAACCUUAUUGAACAAUUUGAUUUUACAAAUGUGGAGACUGAAAUAAAGAUGAAUUUAGAAUAAUCUGGUUUCAAGCUUCAUGCCAUUUCCUUCUGAAGUCAUCCUGGAGUGCUGUUAAGCUUAUUUCCGAAUAGUUUGAGCUUGCACAGUAGGUUUAGUAAUACUAAGGGAGUGCCAGUGGUAAAACUCUGAAUUUUUUCUAUAACUGUAACUAAGUAAUUAUUAUAACGAAUGCAAAAACUAGCCCAAGGAACUGGUUAUUGUGUCUAAAGCAAGUAAAUUGGGCCUUAUCCCCUCUUGAAGUCCAGUCAGAGGAAAACAUUCUAAAUUUCAAAUUCUGAUUUAUAUGUUUGGAGGCAUUUGCACUGUAGUCAUAAGAUUUGACCUACCAACUCUCCAGGAAAAACUGGUUGAGCCACCUGUCCUUUCUGUAGUAGCAUACUGUAACAAUUUUAGAAUUACUGGUUGAAUAAAUUGUGAUUUAUAUCAUUCAGAAAACCUUUUACUGAGCUUUACUCUAGUGCUGAGCAUUGGUCUAUUUUGGCAGAAUGACAUACUUAUCCAGAUUAAGGGGUGGAGAGCCAGUGUAUUCUCCACUCCAAUUCCCUACUUCCAAAAUAGAACCACAGUCUGGUUUAACAAGUUGGGCUACAGUUUCAUAAUACAACCCCUACCCUUGUGACUAAGCUCUCUCCCUGGCAGUCUGAUUCAUCUUAAGUUGAUGUCUGAAGAGUUAACAAUACCUAGGAAGGUGUAUAGACAUUAUGAAGUACAACCCAUUUGUGGUUGGUUUUUUGCUUGUUUUGGGUGAGUAGGUAAACUGAGGCAUAGGGAGGCAAAGUGACUUAGUAUUUAAUACUUGACAUAAAAUUGUAUGUCGACACCACCUUCCUAAUCUAAGAGUCAGAUUUUUCUUGACCUAGUGAAAGCCUGAGCAUAUAAAGACUUGGUUUGUUUUGGGGGGGGUGUGUUUUUCUUUUUUUUCAUUCAGUUCCGACUCCCCAUAAUUAUCACCACUCACUGCCUUCCUUGUUCCAGUUUUCAGUAUCUGUUUCAGUUAGUUCGUGAUCCUUGACAGUAGAACAGCUAUUCUACUGGUAUUCUGUGGCCUGUAAGAAAGCCUUUGGGUUCAUUCAAGGAGGGAAGGGAGGGCACAUCUGGGAAAGGGUAGAAAGCAUGCUGUUCCCAACCCUCUACUAGGCUUGUGCUCCCCAUUUAGAGACUAAUAGGCUGCUUAGACUGUUAUCUCCACCUUAAAAUAGUUUUGCUUUUGGAGGGGUAGAACUUGGGAAAUGGGGGAGAUUGGGAGAGGGAUGUAUUCUUACUCGACCACCGAAGUAUGUUUGGGGAAGGUUGCUGUUGCCUGUCACCUUUGUCUAAUCCUGUGUGGUGACUUUCAUUCUCGGAUUAAAAAUUUCCUUGUUUCCUGUGAGGCAUGUUGUACCAAAUUGGGCUUCAUAACUCACCUUUGUUUUUUUCCUUCCCUUUCCUUCUUUAUCCCCUUUUUUGCUUUCCUCCUCCAGCUGUGCUUCCUGUGUCUUCAGCCUUGAGUGUCACUGCUGCCUUAGGGCAGCCUGAAUCUACCCUUCCCCCUCCUUGCUCCUUGGCCCCCCAACAAUGCCCUCUGGCAACCCCUAACCAGCCUUCCCCAUUCCUUUCUCCCUCUAGUGUUGUCUCAACCCCUUUUGAAGCUCCUUUUCCCCAGUCAUCCUCUGGAACAGCCCUGCCUUUGGGAGUUUCCCCUUCCCCCAAUGAUACCCCAACUUUCCUACCAAACCUGAUAGGGCCUCCCAUCUCCCCAGCUGCCUUAGCUCUGGCCUCUCCCAUGAUAACUCCGGCUGUGAAAGGUACCCAUUCCUCUUCAGCUCCCUUGGCUCUGGUGGCUUUGGCUCCCCACUCAGUUCAGAAGAGCUCUGCUUAUCCACUUAACCCUCUUAGUUCACCUCCUUUGAUUGCUGUGACUGAGUCAGGGUCAGUGACAUCUCUGUCUGCUCCCAUUGUUUCCUCAGAACCAAAGACCUCUCCUAUCCAAGCUCCCGUGCAAGUAGGCCCUAAUUCAAAAGGCACCCCCAUCCCUCCAGGUAUAGUCAGUGCUGUUCCUUCCCAUCUUGGAACUCCCUUGGCCUCUGUUCAGUGUGGAGUAGCCUCAUGUCCUCAAAUGCCACCCAUCACUCCCCCAGCCAUCAUUCCCCCCCUGUUCAAAGACAUCCCUAUUUCCUCACAAAACCCUGAAGGCCUCAGCCUAAAGGGACCCCUUAGUUCACCUGCUGCGUUAUCUCUUUCCGCCCAGUCUGUAUCUGUGGCUCCCAGCGUCCCUCCAGUUUUCCUCACUUCUCUAGGCUCUCAUCUUGCACCUUUACAUCAGAGUUCUCUUGGUUCUCCCUUAGGUCAAACAGGCCCUAAUGUUCUGUCAAAUCCUAAAGUAGAUGCCGUUUCUGCAGAUCAUUCUCCCGUAGGGGCCUCUUACCCUUCUCAGAUUCCUCCCCUUCCUUCCAGAAAUGAGGUGGCUCCUGCUGCUGUGGCUGCUUUUCCAGUGGGGGCUUCCGCUGCCCCUCUGGCUCUUUCUGUUGAGAAAGACCCCUCUGCCAUCACUGGCAUAGCUUCCUUCAGCCCUUCUGGCUCAUCAAAUGUAGCUACCUCUUCUCCGUUAUCUCCUACAGCCUCUCUCAUUCUGAAAGGCUCUCCUAAUGCCACUCAUCAUCAGCCUUUGGUGGCCCAAAUUCCUUCUCCUCCAGGGAGUCCAAGCUUGAAAGAAGCUUCUGUUUGUUCUGUUGGAACCAUCCCAUUUGUUAUGACUAACCCCUCUACAGUUUCUGCGGCACCUACUACCUUUGAGGUAGCUACUUGUAUGUCAUCUCCAGUUUCAUCCGGCCCCGUAAGUAGUAAGGACUCAGCUUCCCAUACUGCCUUGGUUAUAGCUCCUGUGGCUCCCAAAGUACUUUCUACUCCUCAGGUAACCCCUCUGGGAAUACCAGUCCCUCCUUCUCUGCCAGCCUCUGAGAACCCCAAAAGUCUCCCUGCAUCAGCAUUGGUAAAGUUACCGACACAAAAAGAUACCCAAACUGAACCUCCCUCUCCUACUGGAGCCCCUGUAUCACCAGCACAGGCAGGACUCCCUACCAAGAAAGACUCUACUCUAAUACCAUUGGCCCUGGCAACCCCUAAAAAUCCCCCCUCUCCCCAAAGUAUAUCAUCAUCUCUGGAGAUAGCUCUUUCUCCUGAAGCCACUUUAGCAAAGAAAAGCCUUGUAGAGCCUCCCCCCGUAGUUACGCCAGCCAGUACUGCUCCCUCUCCUCUGGGUGUUAACUCCCCAACCUCUAUAAGCAAGACAGAUCCUUGUGCAAGUCCAUACCCUACUAGUCUGCUUCUCAAAAGUUCUCUCCCUACCCCAAACAUAGCUACAUUUCCUCUGGAACAUGCUGCUACUGCAGGAGUGGCUCCUACAAUUACCAAAGGUACCUCCACUUCUGCCACUACAGCCAACCCUUUUCUAGGAGAUGUCUCUUUAGCUCAUAAAAGCCACCCAGAUAAGAAGGGUAGUUCCACUCUUACUAUUUUACCCUUGGUUCCUCCAGCCUCUGAAAGUUGCCCUGUAGCUCCAACUGUGACUUUAUCCCCCCAGAAUGUUUCUGCUUUUCCAGUUGCCAUGGCACCAGCCCCUGAUAUUCCCAAGGCUGAGCUCUUUCCCUCUCUUCCUCCUCAAGGUGCAAAGAAAGCUCACAGUACUUCUCAUACCUCUGCAUUGGCACCUGUGACUUCCUCUCCUGAAGGGCAUCCAACCAAGGACUCUGGUGCUUCUGUUAAUGCAUCUUCUGAAGGAGCUUACUUAGCUGACUCUCCAUCUCCUUUAGGGACUAGUGUGUCUCCUCAAACUAAAAGACGUCCAACCAAGAGGGGUUCAGCUUCUUCUGCGACUUUAACUCUUUCUCCUCUUUCAAAAAGUGUUCCUGCUGUCCCUGAUAUUCCUGUUGGAAAUCACUCAUCCCCUAUUUCUCCAGUUGAAGCUUCCUUUCUUCCAGAGGCCAGUCUUUCUUUUCAAGUCCCUAAAGGGUCACUGGCCAAGAAGCAUUCCCCCACUCCAUCCCCCAAAGAGACCCCAGAUACCCCAUCGCCCAAAGAGGCCUUCACUCCCUUCACUCCAGCUGUGGUUCCUUCCUCCACCAAAGGAGCCCCAGCAAUCUCAUCCCCCAAAAAGUCACAAGCAGCUCCAGCCCCCAGAAGAGCCCCAGCUACUCCAUCUCCCAAAGGGACCCCCACUGCCCCAGCUGUGGCUCCUCCCUCCCCCAAAGGGGGCCAAGCAACCCCAUCCCCUAAAGAGACCUCUACUCCCCCAGCUAUGACUCCUUCCUCCCCCAAAAAGUCCCCAGCUACCCAACCUCCCAGAGGGGCCCCCACCACCCAAGCUGUGCCUCCCCCCUCCCCCAAAGAGUCCCCAGCUACCCAGCCUCCCAAAAGAGCCCCAACUACUCCAUCUCUCAGAGGGGCCCCCACUGCCCCAGCUGUGGCUCCUCCCUCCCCCAAAGGGGGCCCAGCAACCUCAUCCCCUAAAGAGACCUCCACUCCCCUGGCUAUGACUCCUUCCUCCCCCAAAGGGGCCCCAGCUACCCAACCUUGCAGUGGGGCCCCCACCUCCCAAGCUGUGCCCCCUCCCUCUCCCAAAGAGUCUCAAGCAGCUCCAGCCCCCAAAAGAGCCCCAGCUACUCCCUCUCCCAAAGGGGGCCCAGCAACCCCAUCCCCUAAAGAGACCUCCACUCCCCCAGCUAUGACUCCUUCCUCCCCCAAAGAGGCCCCAGCUACCCAAUCUCCCAAAGGGGGCCCAGCAAUCCCAUCCCCUAAAGAGACCUCCACUCCUCCAGCUACGACUCCUUCCUCCCCCAAAGAGUCCCUAGCUACCCAAUCUCCCAAAAGAGCCCUAGCUACUCCAUCUCCCAAAGGGUCCCCCACUGCCCCAGCUAUGGAUCCUCCCUCUCCCAAAGAGGGCCCAGCAACCCCAUCCCCUAAAGAGACCUCCACUCCCCCGGCUAUGACUCCUUCCUCCCCCAAAGAGUCCCCAGCUACCCAUCCUCCCAAAGGAGCCUCCACCCCGCAAGCUAUGGCUCCUUCCUCUCCCAAAGAGUCCCAAGCAACUCCAGCCCCCAAAAGAGCCCCAGCUACUCCCUCUCCCAAAGGGGGCCCAGCAACCCCAUCCCCUAAAGAGACCUCCACUCCUCCAGCUAUGACUCCUUCCUCCCCCAAAGAGGCCCCAGCUACCCAGUCUCCCAAAAGAGCCCCAGCUACUCCAUCUCCCAAAGGGGGCCCAGCAACCCCAUCCCUUAAAGAGACCUCCACUCCCCCAGCUAUGACUCCUUCCUCCCCCAAAGAGGCCCCAGCUACCCAGUCUCCCAAAAGAGCCCCAGCUACUCCAUCUCCCAAAGGGGGCUCAGCAACCCCAUCCCUUAAAGAGACCUCCACUCCCCCAGCUAUGACUCCUUCCUCUCCCAAAGAGUCCCCAGCUACCCAACCUCCCAAAGGAGCCUCCACAAGCCAAGCUAUGGCUCCUCCCUCUCCCAAAGAGUCCCAACCAACUCCAGCCCCCAAAAGAGCCCCAGGUACCCCACUGCCCAAGGAGGCCUCCACUGCCCCAGCUGUGGCUCCUCCCUCCCCCAAAAAGUCCCAAGCAACUCCAACCCCCAAAAGAGCUCCAGCAACUCCAUCCCCCAAAGGGGGCCAAGCAACCCCAUCCCCUAAAGAGAUUUCCACUCCCCCAGCUGUGGCUCCUUCCUCCCCCAAAGAGUCCCCAGCUACCCCACCUCCCAAAGGGGCCUCCACUGCCCCAGCUGUGGCUCCUCCCUCCCCCAAAGAGUCCCCAGCUACCCAGCCUCCCAAAGGGGCCCUCACUCCCCUAGCAGUGACUCCUUCCUCAAAAAAAUCCCCAGCUGCCCCAUCUAUCAAAGGGUCCCUUACUCCCUCAGCUGUGACUCCUUCCUCCCACAAAGAGUCUCCAGCAACUCUAGCCCCUAAAGGGGCCCCAGCAACCCCAUCCCCCAAGGGGGCCUCCACUCCCCCAGCUGUGACUCCUUCCUCUCCCAAAGAGUCUCUGUCAACCCCAGCCCCCAAAGGGACCUCAGCAACUCCAUCCUCCAAAAGAACCCCAGGAGGAACCCCAUCCUCCAAAGGAGCCUCGGCAACUCCAUCCCCCAAGAGAGCCCCAGCUACCCCAUCCAGAGGUGUCCCCACUCCUUCAUCUGAGAUUCCUCCCUCCCCCAAAGAGGCCCCUACUUCUCCAGUUGCAGUCACAUGUCCCUUGGGGUCCAUUGCCCCUCAGGCUUCUAAAGGCCUACCAGUAAAGAAAGGCUCCACAGCUCUCAAAGCGGGACUUGUUGCCCCAGCCCCAGAAAGUGCACCAGUUGUCACAGCUCCCUCUGAGAAAGGUCCACUGGCCAAGAAGAGUUCUGCUACUUCACCUCCUCUGUGCCCAGAUCCUUCAGCUAAGAAUGGUACUAAAGGACCCCUUUCUACAAUGGGUCCAGCCCCGCUGACAGUCUCUGCUCAGAAAGGCUCUUCAAAGACUCCCAAAGCCCUCUCUGUUUCUCCAUUAAAAAGCAAAGAUUCUUUUCAUUCCCCAAAGAGCCCUUUGACUCUUCCUCUUGAGUCUGUGACAUCUACUCCUCUAGCAACAGUUUACUCUGAGAAGGUCCUUCCUAAAGCUGGAUCAGCAUCUAUCCCUCCAGCACCCACCCCAUCAGUCUCUCUGCCUCUCACUCCCUCCCCAGUUCCCCCUCUGCUUCCUAAACAGCAGUUUCUGCCGUCCUCACCUGGGCUGGUGCUGGAAUCACCCUGUAAGCCCUCAGCCCCUGCUGAUGAGGAUGAGCUGCCGCCUCUGAUUCCCCCGGAACCAAUCUCGGGGGGAGUGCCUUUCCAGUCGGUCCUCGUCAACAUGCCCACCCCCAAACCUGCUGGGAUCCCUGCCCCAACCCCCUCUGCCAAGCAGCCUGUUCUGAAGAACAACAAGGGUAUUUGCCUUGGUUUGCUGUGUGCAUGGUGUGUCGCCCACACCCCUCCUGGGGCUACCCACCAAUACUAACCCUAGGAUGCGCCGCUUUCUCCAGUAUAUCUGCUUGUGUUUGGACAUAGAACAUAGAAUGAUAAUUUUAAAUGCAAAAGUUCUAGGAAUGUGAAACAAUCUUGGUUUUCAUCACCUCAGAUAGUCUGUUCUGUAUCAUCUUGUAUAAUAUGGUUCAAGCUAACCCUGGAUCUGCCAUCUUUUUUACCUGAGUGAUCUGACAUUGAAAACCAAGACCUAUUAGACCUUUUAAUUUGCUCUAAUUUUUACCACAUAACUAACCUUGUCCCUGGGCCUGGGAUUUGCUAAAAUUUUGGGAAAUAUGGAACUAUUUGAAUUUCUUUUCACGUCUUAGAUUUAGUAAUGACCAGUGCCCAAGGGACUCCCUUUUCAAGACUUUUUUUCCUAGCCUGAGAAUGGUACAGGUGUAUGAUUUUUUCUCUUAGUAGUCUUUAUUGAUGCUUGGCCUUUUGGUUGAGGUAAACUUAAAAUAUGUGAAUUAUAUUUGGAAGAAAUGGGAGAGGUCACAGGACAGGCUCUAACAGAGAUGACUGUUAGAACUGUAGAUUGGCAAUCAUUGAGAAUCUUCAGGCCAUGUUGAUGAAACCAAAUUGCUAGGGUAAGUGGUUUGAAAACAAGGCUAAAUGUGUGUACACAACUGCUUCUGGCCUUCCCCAACUCAGUAUAAAGCAUGAGGGUAGUGUCCUCCCUGGUCUUCCUCCACAAUGUGAUCUUACUGUUUUUUCACUUAAAUGUAUCUGGAGAUCCCUUGUCUGCCAUAACCUUUUAGGGAUGGGUGGUCUAUCAGGUAGAAUUUGGAGUUAACGUAGGUCAUUGGUGUUGGCCUGUGCCAAGUGAAGACCUUGAGAGAAAGGAAGCAGUUACUGUUUAUAAAUUGCUUGGCUGUAACUAGUAAUUACCUCUUUAUUUCUGGGGCUGGGUCUUUAAUGGAUGUGUACACACUAGUUUAUGGCUAAGGAGGCUGUCAAGCUGGCUUCAUAGAAGUCGGUUGGUUUGCAUUUAACUUUGUGAGGUCUAACAUAAGCCAGGCAGGCUAUGGUGAGGUGCCUCCUCCCUAUAAUCUGUAAAAUUUCAAAGU